GCCAAAAUCGACUGGAAUACGAGAAGAGAGUACGAGCACAGGCUAAGGCAAUGUCUGCACCCUUUGAGUAAACAUUAGUCAUCAGAAAGCAAGAGGUGGCAAACCUUGUAAUAGGGAUAAACAACAUUGGCUGUAUUGCCUAACUAGCACUGAAGAUUAUUCUGGUUAAAGGUGUAUGUGAAGUUAGUAGGAAAAAGGUUUUAAGUUCAUAUAGGAUUGAGCACAUUUAUGUGCAGUCUUGAAUUUUGUUUUAGCUUUACAAUGGACAUUUCAUUCCAUUCCUAGUCCUGAGUGACUUUGUUUUACAAAUGAACCACAAAGGUUGACCUUCAUUGCCUCCAGAAUUUUGGAUUGAUUCUUCUCAUGCUCUACUGUAUGUUACAGUAUAUAUACACAAAAAAAUUGAAAAACUAUUAAAAUACAACUGUAGUGUAUACUAGUCUUAAACUAUUCCUUUCCUUGUGUACCUGUUUUUCUAUUUUCUCCAUCUGUAAUGGAUAUUAAAUUAAUAAACUAUUUUUACCA